CAAGUUUGUUUGUAUAGAUCGCAACUUUUGUGUGGCGGCCAAUGAGCGACCCCAGAGCGGUGGCUGUUCAACACUUCACAGCCGCGACUUGCCGGUACAUGUUCAGCCGGCCGGUCUCCACACCCACUCAUGACAGAGAGCACAGAAGGUAAACCGAGACGUGCAGCGCGCGCCGCUCACCUGGCCCAGGUGACCCAGCAGCGGCGGCAGGUUCCUGAUGGACAGCAGGGAGCCGCAGCGCAUCCUGCAGCCUCAGGUCCAGAGGUUAAAGGGGAUCUCAGAGCUCCUGGUGUGGAUCAUUGAGUACGGCUGGGCUCACAGGAGGAUGGAUCUAUAUGAAGCUGUGGACGCCGCCCUUUGGCCGGAUGUUGACCCCCAGCCCGUGACCUUGCAGGAGUCGUGGCGGCUGCGAGUUUUGUCCGCCCAGGCGUACUCCAUCAUGAAGAGCAGGGACGUCAGAGGCUUUGAGAGGGUGGUGGCGUUUCUGGAAGCCACAUACAGACUGUCGCCCGGCCUGGUGGCUCCCAUCAAACACAUGAAGAUCAUCUUUGGCCUUAAGACCAUGGUGAUCAUGUGGAUGCUCAGGGAGGGUCGAGGCCUUGUCGAAACUGUGAUCAAGACCAUCCAGUAUUUUCCCAGCAAACUGCCUCAGUACCAAGAUCGCUGUAGCCAACAUGAGAUGUUCCUCAUGAGGAAGAAUCAUCUGGACUUCAAGGCUUUGGCACACACACUUGCCAUGGACAAGGACAAGCUUGAGUGUUAUGUAAAGAGUAAGAUGGAGGAGCAGUAUGGUGAACAUUAUGCCCAGAGAGUGGAGGACAGGCUGCUGCACUAUCUGUGUCUGCUGGACACUGUGCUACCAGAAGACACCUACAUUGAUAAGCUCCUGAAGAAAGAGCAUCCUUUGAGCACAGAGGAGAAGCUGCUGUUGGAAGUGACAAGAUGUGACUCUGACACCACAACAACAUCUCUGAAGAGGCUUCUGCGCUGCGAUGCUGCCUCGUGUGGUCUGACCAGGGUUCCUCAGAAUGCAGGGCAAGGAAUGGAAAUGGAAAAUGGUCUCCCGUCAAAGGCUGCUAGGUUUGCCAGCUGCUCUAAGGCUCUUCUCACGCCAGAGGAAAUGAAAACCUCCAUGGAGAUGCUCCCAGAGGUGAUGAGUAGAAGAGAGGAGGCUGCCCAGGAUCCAGUCAAAGCUAGCCCUCUCCUCUUUGAGAAUGAGGAUGAUUCAGAAGUGAGGAGUGUUCAAAAACCAGAGGAGAAUGGGCAGGAGGUGGCAGGUAGAGAGGAAUUCAAGGCAGUGGAUGAUGAAUCUGACAGCGGCGAACUGGAGGUGGGUUCUCCUUCUCAGGAUGCCAUGGUCCAUCCUCAGUUCUGCUCCAGACACCAGCGAUGGGUGAGAAGCAUCCUGUGGGAAUGUCCUGACGAGUGCUCGGAGGAGCUGCUGGGUCAGGCGAACAAUACCAUAUCCCCUGUCCUCUUUUAUUCGUCCUCUUCCACCUCCUCAUCGCAGGACCUGACCCCCUCUCUCCUCAUUCCCGGUGUCCCUUCUGUCCAACAAAACCCACCCUCACAGAUCUCCACCCCUCCCGAGACAGGAGCUAAAAUAUCCGAACAAGUAACCCCCAUGGACAAGCCAAGCUCUGGGCCACCUGAACCAGCAAUAAAGUCUCCUCAAUCAGAGCCUCUGACCCAGCUCACUUCCUCACCGUACAAUUUUCCAGUGACCACUCUGUUGUCACCAGCAAUCAAACCAAUAAACAUCACCUCUGUCAAAGCAUGCACCUUUUCUUUUCAAUCCCAGCAAGUAUCCAAAAGUCUCUUAAACAUAUCUAGCAAGGAACAGGCUACCUCCACAUCUUGUCUGCAUCCACCAGCCCCUCCAGUCUGCCGUACCUCAAGAGCCAAAGAAGCUGCCUCCACCCAACAACAAAUCAUGGCUCCACGAAAUCCAACAAACACCACCUCUGUUGUCAUACCAGUGUCUGAGCGUACUCGGCUGCCAACAGCUCCUGUGUCCCAGAGUCAGUCUACCUCUGCCAGCCGCCCACCACCAGCCAGACCUCUUUCCAGGCUUUCAAGAAGGCUCAGUGGAGCUUCUGCCAACAUCAGAGCUUCACAGUGUCCAACCCAAAGCAGCCGUAUCUCUUCACCUGUGCUGCCUGAAAAAGCCUUAACUCCACCUUUGCCUAAUGACUCCAAUGUUUUGGGUUGCCCUACACAGGCUUCCAAUGCUCAAUCAGGGACUCUUUCCUUAAAAAACACUAGUAACAAAAUCCCUUCUUCAACCACACUAUCACCCGACCAGGCUCCUCAAGUUAGUUUACACUGGGCUGCCUACUUAAGCCACCCACGAAGACAGGUUCUCCACCACAGCUUUAACCCCUCUCAGUUACAGACCAGGUCCUGUUCCAUCUCCCGGUCCUCUAUGCCUGCCCACCAGGCUGCUGGAGUCAACUUAGCGCCACUGAGGUUGUCACUGCAGGGUCAGGCUGUGUUGCUUCAGUCUAAACUGCUACACCCAUAUGUGAGGCUCACAAGACUGAACCUGGUAGAAUAUCACAGACUUACCAAAGGGAGCUCCCCAACCAGGCCUGUGCAACUUGUUGACGAGGAGGAGGACAGUGAUGAUGAUGAUGCGGCAAAGGAGGAUGAAGAAGUAAAUUAUUUGUUUGAUCCAAACUGUCUUUACUCUAGUCAGGAGUCUUCAUGCAGUGAUAGUGGGGACUCACAGAAUUCAGACCCUGACUUCAUCCCUUAUGUUAAAAAACACUGACCACAGGGUGGGACUGAGGAGAACCCUAACCCUAACCCUAACCAGCAGUGUUGCUCGGCUGAGGUUCAAACAGAUGACACUAAAGUGAUAGUUUGGGUUCAUACAUAGUCUGCAACUGCAUACUAGUGUAAAAGAUCCUCCAAGCUUGACUUGUCAGCGACUUCCCUGUCACAAGAACUGCUUCACUUGGAGUGUUCUUCUCCAAAAUGAAUGAAAAGGAUCUGGACAAACAAACAUGAUUUUGAGCAGCAAGGUUUUUUUUUUCCACAACAUACAUUUGUUCAGGAUUGAUUAUUAACAUUGUUUUUUUCAGCCCUCUUGCUUGCUAACUGGUGGAACUAGUUUCUGUAUCACUUGAUAAAGAUCCCCCAUCAUUUAUCUGUUCUGCAUUGUUAUUGCAAUGUGCACAGUUGUCUCUUGAAUGUUGGACACCAAAAUAAUUAGAGUUUUGUAACUGCAGACAGAUUAUUGUUCAUUAUUCAGCAUUGUCUUGUUAAAAUAAUAAUAAUAAUAAUGAUAAAAAAAAACAGUCCUGUCAGUAAAAGUAACAGGUUUGGAACAUUUGAUGCCUUUUUAAAUGGUUCCUCACAGCACCAUAAGGGUACUAUGUAGAACCGUCUUAUGGUAUUAAAGCAAACGUCUCUAAAAGCAUUUUUUAAUGCACCAAAAUGGGCUCUGCUCAGGUACAAGCCUCACUAAUCAUUGAGAGUUGCACAGAAUUGCAAUUUAUUGCACAGAACCUUUUAUAAGAGUGUAGGCCCCCCUGUGUUUUACCAUGAUGAGAUCAAAGUAGGUCCAAAAGAUGAACAAGCUGUCACCAGCCUGUUGGACCUUGCAGCAUUCUGUCUUGAACCGUAAUGUGUCUUAACUUCAAUAUGGACAAAACACCACACACUUUUGUUUAACCCUUUGAAACCCAUGAGGUU